ACUGCGAGACUCAAAACGAGGCUGCUAGCCUCAACUUGUUUUGAAAGGACAGUCACGUGACGAUCACAGCUCUGAAAUCUUGACAACUUCAAACAAAUAAUAUUGACCUCUAUGAUACGAUCAUUCCCAGGACCUUAGCAUUCGUUUGUCGCAUCCCUGUGAGCGAAAGGUAAGGGAGUGCAACGUUUUUUUCAAGCUGAAAGGAAAUUGUUGCCAUUAUUGAAGGAUCCAAUUUUGUUGGUGUCGAAAUUUCUUUCUGUCAGUUUUCUAGAAACACGAGGUACUUUGGUACAAUAUCCCCUAUAAAAGCGGAAUAGAAAGCAACUACUGCUAAAAUCUUCAGCAAGUUAGAUCCUUUCCAUCGUCUUUUUUUUAGAGGACAAUGGAACUGGUCAUCCUUCUGGCGCUGGUCAGCGGUAUAUCAUGCAGAGUGCAUGCCACAAAUCUGAAAGAGGCACAACCAGUUAAGAAGUUUAACAUAGUGUCCAGUUCCAAAGACGAGGACAACAUGAUGGUGUUUUUGAAGGGUAACGAUGGAUCAGAUGGACAAAAUGGCACACAGGGUGAUGUUGGCUCACAAGGACCCCGUGGGCCGCCGGGAUUGCCGGGUCUGAAGGGAACACCAGGAGUAUGCACCAAAGAACAGUGCGAGUCAACUGAACUUAAACUACUGAUCCAACGCUUGGCUGCGCUCGAAAAGUACGUCAAAGACAAUCAGAAUAAAACUGGAGGACAGCCUUGUGUUAACCCCACACCACAAGUCAUACCUAGCGGGGCUAAGAUUUGCUCAACACCAACUACAAUUACGCCAACUACUCCACCAGUGAAGCCAACUCCCAACCAGUCACCGAAAGUUUCUGCUCCCCCCGCUGGAGCACCUGUGAAUGGUCCUGUCCAAUUUCCAGCUGCUGCACCAGCUCCUUCGCCUGCCCAGAACCAGGCACCUCCUCCUAUUGUCAUUCCAGCCGCUAGUCCUGUACAGAACCUAUGGGCCAGUCCGGCUGCGGCACCCGCACCAGUACCAGUCGGUGUAACUGUUCAAAGCACAGUAGAGGCACCUUCAACCUUUCCUGGUGGUCAAGUUCAGAUAGAGGGAAUUGUUACCCCGCAGGUAUCCGUACAAGGUUUUAAUCAACCAGGAAAUUCAUUUAAGAAGAGCAGUAUUGCAACGAAAGGUGCUCCUAAAGCUAAGCGCGGCCAUAAGAAGUCCUCUUACCAACAUGCUGUCCAUCACAGAAAGCGGGCUCAUAAAGCUUGAGUUACCAUCUGGUGUUAACCGAUAAUAUCGUACCCAGUUUCUACUCCACCAUCUUGGCUGUCUAAUAUCGAGAGAAAAUAAAUAUAUUGUCUUGCUAAUGCCUUACUCACACUAGCAAACCAUAUUUAGUUAAACCGGGUUUCACUGAAUGCAGAACAGAAGCAGAGAACUGGAAAACUGACUUGCCUUUUCAAUGAGCUUAAUUUGAAGUGAAGCAGCUUCUAUGAAGAAAACAAAUUUCAACCGUGUGUAACAAGGAAGCUUUAAAACAUGUUUAAGCUUUGGUGUGAAUGGGGUAUAAGCUUGGUACUAAUUACCCACUGAACUCAGUUUGCCAUCGAAUUGUCCUCCAUGACAAUAAGAAAAAAAAUACUUUUAAGUUAUAGAAAUUUGCUUCUUUGUUAAGGGUAAUUGAAGGCUAUGAGAGCAAAACAGUUAGUGGAAAGAGUAAAUUCGAGUCACAUUUCCCCUAAUGCUCAAUUCAGUUAGUAACAUCACGGAAUGUAAUUCAGCAAUAAUCUGAAAUGUUUUGUAACGCUGCUUGAAAUCAAAUAGAAUUAACCUUUUGUCUUGAAAAAGGUACAAUAUGCAGAAAUGUGUAGAGAUGAAAAUAAAGGGUAUUGUAAUGGAUUCCAUUAACUAAAAUCAAAUUUUCACACGCUCCGUUAAUAGAAAAUUAACCAUGUACCGUGUAGUCGCCUUGUCUCAAAACGUUGCAUGCAUGCAAUAUCGCGUGCAGGUCAUGUCAUCUGUGUGCACCUUUUCUCUGAAAAAAUGUUUUAUUUUCCUCGACGGUAAUUUUGUUGAGACUUCCUUUUAAAAGGGAGAAACUAAGAAACAGGUAACAAUGGCCAUAAAGCGAGGAAGCAUUAACUGAAGAUUACCGUAUUUUAGGUGUUACGUCUUUUGCCGUCUACAUAACUCACAAGUGAGACUGGUUAAUAACUUUCUCAUUAGUUGGGUAAGAAGAACGAUUUCGGAUUUCAAACAAAUUAGCGGUAAGUAGACAUUAAAUGAAAUACGAAAACUUCCGUGUGAGUAAAUCGAAAAAGGAAUUUAAGUA